AAAAUGCAGCGCUGACGGGCCCCCCUUCAUGCCCGGGCCGGGUACGCUUGUCCCCCCUGUCCCCCCCUGAUGGCGGCCCUGCCCCUAGCCACAGAGCUUUGCUGGCACUGGUGUUCACCAGUAUCUUUUUUGGGGCCUUCAUCAAUUACCUAUUUCAGCUUAGGACACCAGAAGUUAACAUUUAGCUAGGUAAGAUGUCUUACUAACCCCUGGUUUUACCACCAGUACAACAUAGGCCUAGGAUGGAUAUAAGGAAGGUAGGUAUGGUAGGAUUUGCAGCAGAAGACUGGGCUGGAUAUGGUGGAUCACUGGUUAGCACUUUGGUCUUGCACUACUGGAAUCUUAUUUGAUUCUGACCUGGACACUAUCUCUAUUACCUGCACAGGUUUCCUCCAACACUCCAAAAAAAUUCAGGCAUGUCCAUUGGUUUCUGCUAAAACUGGCCCUAGUGUCUGUGAAUGUGGUAGGGACUUUAGAUUAUAAGAUCUGCUGGGGCAGUUACUGAAAUUUGCCUUCUCUAAACGAAUGACUGUUAUUUACUAACAUAAAAGCAGCACUCAAAGGAGAUCAUCAUCAGAUUCCAAAUCCAGUUAAAGCUGUGCAACUAUCAGUUUUCUCAUGGUUCCCCAAGCACCUGCUUGCAGGUCAACCCAGGUCUCAUGUGUAUAUAAACCAUAGCCUCCUUUAAGAGCCUCAAAAACUGAAAGCUUGUUCUCUAGAGGUCCAGCUCUUUGUAUCAGUGCUCUCCCUGUAAAGAUGAAGGUCUUGUGUCUUCUGCUGGCUUGGAUUGGCUUGUGCCAUGGACAAGUAAAGCUAGGUAUAUAUAACCUAGAAAGUAUACUGAGCGUGUCUGGCUUGUCUGCUGGAGUUUAUAUGGCCAACCAGUACCACCUUGCCCAGUCCAAGAAGAUGGUGGGAGCUGCAUUUUUUGCUGGAGGUCCUUUUUACUGUGCCCAGGGAAGCAUGCUUACUGCCACCAAUGCCUGCAUGAAACUACCCUACAGUAUUAAUGUCAACACCCUGGUCAGUAAAACCAAGAGUUAUGCCACUUCCAUGCUCCUCGACCCCAUAUCCAACCUCGCAGGGCAGAAAGUCUUCAUCUUCUCGGGCUCCAAAGACACAGUGGUUGUCCCAGGAGUGGUAAAGAAGCUGGAGGAGUAUUACACAUCUUUUAUAACUAGUCCUGGAGCCAUCAAAACAGUCUAUGAUGUCCCAGCACAGCAUGGCAUGCCAACCGACAGCUAUGGAGGCUCCUGCGGCUUAACCAAUUUAAAUUACAUCAACAACUGCGAUUACAACGGAGCCUAUGAAGCCUUGAACCACAUUUAUGGAGAUCUCCAGAAGCCAAGCAGUUCUGCAGAACUCACUGGGCAGUUAAUUCUGUAUGACCAGUCGGAAUAUUUUAACUGGGCCGCUCCUUCCACCUAUGGGAUGGACACAGCUGGAUAUGUGUAUGUUCCUUCUUCCUGCCAGUCUGGAGAAAAGUGCAAACUCCACAUUGUAUUUCAUGGAUGCCUCCAAGGAAGAGAGAAAGUCGGAGACCGAUUUGCCAGAAACGCAGGUUACAACCAGGUGGCCGAUCUGAAUAACUUCAUUAUCUUGUACCCUCAAGCCAAGUCCAACAUGUCCAACCCCAAUGGAUGCUGGGACUGGUGGGGAUUCACUGGAAUGUAUUACGCUAAUAAGAACGGCUAUCAGAUGACUGGCGUCGAAAGGAUGAUGCUGCGGACCCUUGGCAAAUAGUAACAAAGUUGGGAAAAAUUCUAUUGAAGCUCAUUCAAAUUUACCCUAGUGUGGGCUACCAUGUGGGCUUAUCUGUAAAAUGUGUAUAUUAUGUAUGUGAAUAUUAG